AUGAACAGUCGCAUUCACACCUCUACACCUGCAGAAUUACAGAAUCAAUAUCCUCAAUCUCCGUUCGCCAAACCUUUCCUCCUGUGCAUCCAGAAUGUCCGAUAUGAAGAAGCUUCCCAUCAAGCGCCGUCUGUCCAUGGUCCAGAUUUCUAUUGGCGUCCAUCCGCGUCAGGUUACUUCAGAAGUGAAGAUGUCUCUGGCUGGUAUAUUUGGGAUCCCGGACAGCUUUUUAGGGGAGAGUCGCCCCUGCGUCUAGCAACGGUCGAAGAAGCUGGGCGGUGUAUAUUGCACAUGUCCAGCACUCUGAUCUGGGAUCCAGAGCGUCACGGUUACAUACAUGCGCCAAUAGACUGCACCACUGAGGCCCUCGGCUCUGCCGUAUGGCGGCGGCUCUCCUUUGGCCAGUACGGUACCUCUGACCUGGCAAUCCUUGGCCAUGCCAGGGCUGGCUAUCAACUGCACCUCCCAGGACCAGAUUCUUGGUUUGAACAACUGCUCCCGGACGUCUGUAAGGCACAGCAGGACGGUCAACCGACCUGCAAGCUGGCCGGGCAUCUUAGCAUCAUUGUGGGCCUCCUGGCCUUUGGAGUUGAACCACACUUGGCGUUGCACGCAAUCAACGCGUCUUUUAGACGAGACUUCAACUCUACGAGGUUCCAGCAACAUAACUUGCACCCGAGUCCAAGUAAGUCCAUCCCUAUGGUCUCAACACGUACUGUCUACUCAGAAUCUUAUUUGUCGGCGUCGACAACUGCAGGACACAAGAAACGCUCAAUGGUCAUCCACAUCGCAUAUGACCCAACCCGAGUGGACCACGGGGACCUUCAAGCUUGGGAACAAGGCAGCCACGGCGAAAUGUUUAGCUAG